AUGAACGUGAAGUUAUAUUCGGCAUCGCAAGUUAGCUACCGGCAAUAUUUCCUGCUCCGGACCCUCCUUCCUCCCAUUGUACCGCCAAACCAGCUGAAUAUCCAGAACCUUGGGGUUUCGCAUCAUAUUACGCAGGCCAACCAGUGGCUACAUUCCCUUUCUUUCAAUCAAUACAUCGCAGGUUUCUCCAGCAGGCAGACGCAGACGACUGGGUGGGUCUGGGGUGGCACAGACCGCCUGUUUAGGGUUACGGCCAUGCAACAGCAAGAAGUGAAUCGUAACCUCACUAUUAACGGUAUCAAUCGCGGUACAACUGAGUCGACAGUCAAUACUGCCUUUUUAUCUUUCUUGAAUGCCAUCUCAGACUUGGGCCCGCAGCCUGCUCAACGCCUAUGGACCCUCGCACCCAAGAAGCUUGUAGCGGACUUCAGCACACCGCAGCGCGAAAGAGGACUUGUGGCCUACAUAGAUGGACAGCUGAAAGAUGUCGUCACCUGUCGCAUUCUGGCACUCGUCGAAUGUAAAGAUCUUGGAGGGACAAUCAUUCGCCGAAAAUGGAUAUGCAAAAAGUCGCGGAAGUGA